UCGGGGACAGCGGGUGACAGUCGCAAUAACACCACUAAGGCCACGCAGCCUCCAGGGCACCUGCUGCUCGGUUGUGCCAAGCGCCAGGGAACGAGCCGGGCUCCUUGGGAGGCGAGCGGGCGGGCGGGCAGGAGGCAUCGGGGCGGAGAGCGGGGCUCUUCCUUCCCCUCCCUCCCUCCCCCUGAGUGGGCCGGGCCAAGGAGGGCUCUCGGGCAAGCAGGCAGGCAGGCAGGCAGCGAAGAGGGCCAGAGCGAAGGAGACCGGUGCCUGCCCCCGCCCGGCCGCGAUGCCUGCUUCCCCGCCGCCUUCGCCUUCCCCUUCCCCCCCGAAGGCGGAGCGGCGCCGCUGGACCCUGGAGCGCUUCUCCGUCCUCUCCAAGAAAGGCAGCCUCAAGCCGGCGGCGCUGGAGCUGGCCGAGAACGCCCCCGACGCCCGCUACGCGCCUUUCUCGCUCUCGGCGCCCAGCCCCCCGGCCCCGCACAGCCCGCCAGGCGGAGGAGGAGGAGGCGAAGAGGCGGAGGCGGCGGCGGCGCGGGUGGUGAUGAACGCCGACUUCCCGCGCCCCUCGCUCAACCUGGACCCGCGCGUCUCCAUCUACAGCGCCCGGCGCCCGCUCCUCAGCCGCAGCCACAUCCAAGGCCGGGUCUACAACUUCCUCGAGAGACCCACCGGGUGGAAGUGCUUCGUCUACCACUUCACCGUCUUCCUCAUAGUGCUGGUCUGCCUUAUAUUCAGUGUGCUUUCCACGAUUGAUCAAUAUGCAACUCUCGCCACAGGGACAUUAUUUUGGAUGGAAAUUGUAUUAGUGGUGUUUUUUGGAACGGAAUAUGUGGUUCGAUUGUGGUCUUCGGGUUGCCGCAGUAAAUACGUUGGUUUAUGGGGAAGGCUUCGCUUUGCUAGAAAGCCAAUAUCUAUCAUUGAUCUAAUUGUAGUUGUUGCUUCAAUGAUAGUGCUUUGUGUGGGUUCUAAAGGUCAAGUUUUUGCCACCUCUGCUAUCAGAGGCAUUCGGUUUCUUCAGAUCCUGCGCAUGCUUCACGUAGACCGACAGGGUGGCACAUGGCGAUUGCUGGGAUCAGUAGUUUUCAUACAUAGACAGGAACUGAUAACCACUUUGUACAUUGGAUUUCUAGGCCUGAUUUUUUCUUCUUACUUUGUAUACUUGGCUGAAAAAGAUGCUGUGAAUGAUUCAGGAAAUCAUGAAUUUAGCAGCUAUGCAGACGCUCUUUGGUGGGGAGUCGUGACUGUUACAACCAUUGGAUAUGGAGACAAAGUGCCUCAGACAUGGAUAGGGAAAACCAUUGCCUCUUGCUUUUCUGUAUUUGCAAUUUCAUUCUUUGCCUUGCCUGCGGGAAUUCUUGGUUCUGGAUUUGCUCUGAAAGUGCAACAGAAACAACGACAAAAGCAUUUCAACAGACAAAUUCCAGCAGCUGCAUCUCUCAUUCAGACUGCCUGGAGGUGCUAUGCAUCAGAAAACCCAGACUCUUCUACCUGGAAAAUAUACAUUAAAAAGCCUUCCAGAAAUUAUCAUUUGAUGUCUCCUAGUCCCAAGCCAAAGAAAAUGGGGAUGGUGUCGGUGAAAAAGAAGAAAUUUAAGUCAGAAAAAGACAAUGGAUCAACAUCUCCUGAUAAAAUCUUACCUGUUCCACAAAUCACAUUUGACCAUGCAGUGGAUGAAAGGAAAUCUGACAAUUUUCACUUGGAUCCCUAUGAUAAUUCUGGACAAAAAGGAAUGUUUAAAUUUUUUGUUCGACAGCAUUCCUGGUCAUCCUUUUCUGCAGAGCAGCCUUCUCCCAGUUCUCCCCCUUCUCCAGUGAAAAGGAACUCUCCAUUUUUAGAUGUAAACACAGGACCGUUCAUUAGGACUAAUAGCUUUGCUGAUGAACUUGACCUCGAGGGUGAAACAUUACUGACCCCAAUAACACACAUCUCACACUUGCGAGAACAUCACCGUUCUGCCAUUAAGGUGAUACGUCGAAUGCAGUAUUUUGUGGCAAAGAAGAAAUUUCAGCAAGCUAGAAAGCCUUAUGAUGUACGAGAUGUCAUAGAACAAUAUUCUCAGGGUCAUCUGAAUUUAAUGGUGCGAAUAAAAGAGCUUCAAAGAAGGUUGGACCAGUCUAUAGGAAAGCCAUCACUAUUUAUUUCUGUCUCAGAAAAAAACAAAGACAGAGGGAAUAAUACAAUUGGUGCCCGUCUGAACAGAGUUGAAGACAAGGUCGUUCAAAUGGACCAGAAGCUGAACCGCAUCACAGACCUCCUGCAUCACCUGGUUGCCGCCCAACAAGGCAGCCAAGGCAGCAACAAAUCAUCUCACAGGAAUGAUGUUAAUCCUGAACUUUUUCUCUCAAGUAACACACUUCCUACUUAUGAACAGUUGACUGUCCCAAGGGGAAUACCUGAUGAUGUUUCCUGAUGAAGCGUUCCUUUCUUUUUAAUUGACACUGGAUCACAUGAAUCUUGAUGAGGGUUGGGGAAAAAAUUAAGCUCCUAAUCAGCCAUACAAGGAAUUAAACAGGUCUGCUAAACCAAUGUUACUAACCUCAGAUGUAUUCUUUUUCCAAAGACAAUGAUCCAGAUGACCACAAAAACCUUAAAGCCUGCACUGUGAUUUUGUUGUUCUUGUUUUUGUUUAUUAAUGUGGUACACUCAUAAGCUCUGUUUUCCCCUGUGUGAAUAAGUUUUGAUCUUACUGCAAUUUGUCACUACACAGUAAGACCAGAAAUGAUGAUGAUUAUGAUGAUGUAGUCAAAAUGUCAACCAGUUUCUAUGCCCAGCUUAUAACAUCUGCUGCUGCAGGCAAAUCUCUGAAGUUCUGUACAAACUCGUUUGAAAUGCUUUCAUAAUGUGGCAGCAAUUCUGCCAAGAAGUUUGCACCCUAUGUUUCCGCAGUGAUUUUGAUACUUGAACUUAGAUGGUCAUGUGUAUUCUGUUUAUGACUCUGCUGAUGGCAAUAGAGAUCUACUAGCUAGAUUCUUAAAGGAAAAUAAUACAUUGUAAAAACAUACCACUGCUAUUCUAGAAAGUGGCAGAAGCAUUGAAUGAUACCCCACUCUGCCCCUCUGUGUAGCGUGUUACAUAAAUCUAAUGAAUGCAGGGUUGGUGUUUUUUUUUUUUGUUUUUGUUUUUUUAACUUUUUCUUCAAAGAAGAACUGUUGCUUUAGGCUAAAACAGCAAUGUUUGUAAAGCAAAGCAAUGUAAAUUUCCUUUUGUAUGUAUCAUGAUUUCAUGGGGACACUGAAAUAUUGUGAUGGAAAAUUUAGGGCUUUUUUUAGACAUACAGCUGCCAAAUUAUUUAUACAUAGUAUUUAUCACAACCACCUGUGAGUGUGUUUGUCCUGAAAGAGGUUUCAAAUCAGUUGCUUUUUAUACUGAGAUAAGUCUAGUUUAUUUCUCAGUGCACUGUAAUGAAAACAUAGUCUAGCUUAACUGGAUCUUAUUGGGCAAGGGCUUGAAACCGCUACUUGCGGGAAAUACUUUCAGUAGCUUCAGUCAUGGGGGGUUGCUGGCCGAAUGCACAUUCAUUACCAUGUUGGCUGUCUCACCCCUACAUAAUGUUCCAAAAGGGAAUGAGUGAAUCUUCCUCAUGAUAAGAUGCACAAACUUUUUGAUUUGUUUAGCUGUGCAAAAAAGCACUGCUCAUUAGGUGUAUAAGUGCCUUUCUAUUUACUUGGCUAAUCACCCCUAAAGGCUGGUUUUGCUAUACACAUCAGGGAAUUGAAGGAAUGAGUCACCCAUGCAUCUUUAGGUCAUGCUAUGUAAAUAUAAAAAUCCAUCAAAUAGUGACUACAAGGGCUGCCUGUGCUCCUUGUGCAGCAUUGAGUCUGGAAUGUGGCUUCUGGAGGAAUUUGUUUUGUUUGUGAUUUUCAAACCAAAUUUCUAGCUGCCCUGGAAAAUCAGCUUGCAAGUGUAUGAUCUGCCCAUGUAGAAUAUUGGUGGCAGUUGUAGGAUGGCUGUGUUGCCCCACUUGAUCUCAACAGUAAUGCUUUCAAUAGAAUAGACUCACACAUUCAGCUGUGAGUCAUGAAGAAAUGCCUACAUCAGUUUCAACGCACCUCUGAGAAAUUAGAGGGAACUAGAGAAAGAGAGUUUAAUUGCAAUGGGAAGAAAGACCCCAGAGCUAUGUGAGUUUACACUGAAUUCUAGAAAUAUCCAUGUUUUUAUACAAUCAUUCACAAUCUUUAUAUAAUUCUUCUUAACAAGCACAAACUGAAAGCCAGGUCUUUCUAUUUUGUUUUCAUUUUCAUUUCAGGGCUGUGAGUAUAACAAUGAAAUAUGUGAUACCAUAUUUGCGUGCAUAAGGAAUUGAUCUAACUUAUGACCUUUAUCUGAGAAUACAAGCGCACUAUGAUAUUCUUAGUAAUCCAGAUUAAAUGGCAACAUGGAAUACCUCUUACCACCUACAGCCUACCUACUGUAUAUACAAUCCAUAUAUAAAUUGAUUUUUUUAACAAAAAGUCAAGACAAAAAACCUGGGUCAACUUCAGUAGCUUCAUGUUGCUACUCAUUCCGUAGCAACAUGGGGGAGCCUGAAGAAUGUGAUCUGCCCGUCAUCUGGGCACUUGAUAUGGAGUGGAAUGGCAGUGGCCAUUUUAAUAAGGACUUGCUGAAUAAGCCUUUCUACAGAGAGACUGCAACAGGCUUUUACAGUAAUCCCCUACUAAAAAUGGCUGUUACAAUAUCUCUGUAGAGGUUUAUGCAGUAAGCAUUCUUCAGGCUACUCCAAAUUGCUGCUGAAUAUUAAUCAGGUGAAAAAAGAAGGAAAGAGAAGGAGAAAGGUCUGCCUUUAUUUUUCCAGUAUAGAUAAGAGAACUGUGUUUCUAUGGCUAUACACAACCAACUUCUGUUUCAAACUUUGUCAUAAAAUAAGAGUCCUUCAAAAUCAUAGUGGCAAUAGUGAAAGAGAUGAUAAUAUUAUGAGGUAAUAGUUGGAACAGUAAGGAGAAAAGAGAAAGUUAUACAUGUUUAUAUAGCUUUCUAUCAGACUUUUGCUUCUUCAUAUUUCACUUAUAUUUUUCUUCUAGGAAUAACUAAAUUAUCUAAAUCAAGGUGGCUCUCUGUUGUUUUUUGGUUUGUUUUUUAAAAAAAAAAAAAACAUAUCCCAAGACUUCAGAAGCCCAAGUCCUUGUUUGUUUUAAAUAUUUGCAAAAUAAGGAAAUUGUAAAAUAAAAUGUAUCGAAGUAAAUAAAUUCUUGACUUUUCAGUUCUGUGUAUUGUAUGUAAUAGGACUUGAAAACUAGACAUUCUGAUGCAAAGUGAAGGAAUCAUAAUUGCAUUAGACUGUUCUUUAGCUUCUUUUUUUUUUUUUUUGCUUUUUUUUUUUUUUUACAAAAAAAGGUCCUGAAAUGGUACCAGAAUUGACAAUCCGGUUCUAGGACAUAUGAUUGUGAAUUCACAAAAUCUGACUUACGACGUUAUCCCACAGGCAGGAGGGAAGGGGGUAAAGUGAGGAAAAGCGUCCUGAAGAGUGGGGACCCACCUUACCCCAGCAAAGUCUCUUCAGGGAUGGCCAGCCAUCCCAUGACAUUUCCCUGUCUUCUUCUGGCUUUCAUCCACUUCCCGUUACUUUGUUCAAUCAUGAGUGAACACCGAACUCCUGAAAAUGGAAUCUUUUUAUGGUCUUCGCAUGCUGGCAAGAUGGAUUUUUCCAUGGGACUCCAUUUUGCCAGUGUACGAAGACUGUCGAAAAACGAGAAAGUUAAGAUUAGAUAACAUCCCUAAACCAAGUCAUUUUAUUCAUUGAGUCAAAGUGAAAAUCCAAAGUAUAACCUCUACAUUCAUGAAGUAACAGGAAUCGCAAUUUUGUUUGAUGUUCUUUCUGUAUGUUCCCAAACGUUUUCCAAGAGUAGCUAACUAGAUACUUCUGUGAAACUCAUAAUCACACACCUGUCUUCCAUUAAUUUGUCUAAUCCCCUUCUCAAGCCUUACACACUGAUGGUCAACACCACAGUCUUUGGCCAGAACAAAACCCUUAUUUAUUUGUUCUCAUCUGAAUUCAUAACUUGGUUUCAAAGCCAAAUAUGGGGUUCAACUAACCACCAGAAGUCCACCCAGUUCCUCCUAUGCAUUGGGCAAAACUUGUGCAUUUCAGUGAUGCCUACACAAGUAUCUUUGAGGUGCAUGCAAACUGCCUUAGUGGCAUGCAGAAUCCACUGCCAGAGACAACAUCUCAUAUUGAUUCAUGGUUGCCUCAUUAGUGCACAACAGAUCUACGUGUAGCAUGAGCUUUCUACGAAUUUAAGCAUUUUGUUUUUCUUUUCUAGAUAAGAAAACACUUCUUCAGACAUCUCUAAAAAUUGUAGCAUUUGUUUAGAAUUAUUCACUUUUCCUGUGUACAGUAAACACAUUUUAAAGGGCGGAGACACUUUUUAAAAACUCUUAAGUGGAAAUUACUCUGUGGCAUUAUAUUUUAUAAGAAAUCAAAAGAGACAAACUGUUCUGAUUUUGAAUCUGCUUUUAAAAUGAUGUUCACUCUUGUAAUUUGUGGUUGUUAAUUUCCUAAUAAAAUAUUGAACAAGAA